UCACCCUUCACAAACCACACAAAACAACGCUCAUAAACCAGUCCUGCACUUUCACUCAACAAUCCUCACCUAUUAGUCUACUCGCAGGUCGCCGCCAAUUCCUCCUUGAGAAAGUGAGAAAUGGCAUCACCCCGUAGUUGCUUUCGCGGCCUGCAGAAGAACACGAGCCACGUCGCACUAGUGCUGGUGUCCGUGCUGCUCCUGAGCUCGGCACGUCUCUCCGUGGCCGGCAGGAGCCUGCUGGAGCUGUACAAGCCGCCGGCCAGCGCGCUCCUCACGUACCACAACGGCGCCGUGCUGCAGGGCCGCAUCCCGGUGUCCAUCCUCUGGUACGGCCGCUUCACGCCGGCGCAGAAGGCCGUGGUCACCGACUUCCUCCAGUCCCUCACCACCGCCUCGCCGACGACGCCGUCCCCGUCCGUGUCGCAGUGGUGGAACACCAUCAACCAGCUGUACCUGUCCAAGGCGCGGACGAGAGGCAACGGUGCGCGCUCUGGCGGCGGCAGCGCGCAGGUGGCGCUCGUCGGCCAGACCACCGACGAAGGGUGCUCGCUGGGGAAGCGCCUCACGCUGGCUCAGCUCCCGCGGCUGGCGGCGCGGGCGGGGACGAAGAAGGGCGGGAUCGCGCUGGUGCUCACCGCGCAGGACGUGGCCGUGGACGGGUUCUGCAUGAGCCGCUGCGGUCUGCACGGCUCCGAUGCCAGGGCCGGAACCGCGUACAUCUGGGUCGGCAACUCCGCCACGCAGUGUCCCGGUCAGUGCGCGUGGCCGUUCCACCAGCCGCUGUACGGACCCCAGACGCCGGCGCUCGUGCCGCCGAGCGGCGACGUCGGCGUGGACGGUAUGGUCAUCAACAUCGCCAGCAUGGUCGCCGGCACGGUGACCAACCCGUUCCGCGACGGGUUCUACCAGGGCGACAAGGACGCACCGCUGGAGGCCGCCACUGCCUGCACAGGGGUCUAUGGCAGCGGGGCCUACCCCGGUUUCGCAGGCAACCUGGCGGUGGACCGUACGUCGGGGGCGAGUUACAAUGCCAAUGGUGCAAAUGGGAGGAAGUACCUGCUUCCCGCUCUGUUCGACCCUGCAACCUCUACGUGUUCGACUUUGGUGUGACGACUAAGCUGUCAGAAUUGUGUAGUAACACUGUGUAUAUAUAUAGUAUGAGAGUGAGAUAUAAGGAGUGUACUGUACUAAGUGUUGAUAUCUGGAUAUGUACCGUCCACUUUUGAAGAUCGAACCGGGGGAUUGCAGCCAGAAAUGAUGCAACAACGAUACUAUCCUGCCUCCAA